AUGGCAGAUGUAGUUUCCACAUCUAGAUCCUUCAAUGAUAAUCGUGAGCUGAAUUCUUCCUCAUCCACGGUCGAAUAUCCAUCCCUUGAGUGUAUUAGCGCUUUUAUGGUGCGACUUACUGGAAAGCUUCCUGCGAUUCACUGCAUAGAAACAGAUCAUGACCAUCCACGUCUGGUAGUUUCAUAUGACUACACAGGUUGCGACUACGCCAUGGUUCUCUACGCCUUGUUUCCAAACAACUGUAUCAACCUUUCCAGAUUGUGUUGGUCAUCAGAGCCGUUGGCUACACAACUCAUGCAAAACCUAGAGGAAUUGUGCAGGGCCGUAAAGCGUCUGGAGGCGUUUGAAGUGCCUUUGCUUUCGCUGGAGCCGCAGCGUCUAUUACCCACUCCGGCAUGCAUAUUGCACCACCUUAAGUUGCAGCACUGGCUUUACACCAUUUCACGUCGCUUUCCACCGGACCCAACCUUCGAUGCAGCCUCGAUUCGAGCGGUGCUGCGAUGGCAGCAGCUAGGCGAACCUUUCUUAUGCUGCCGAUGCUCCUUAAAACACACUGAACAAGCAACUGAAGUGUGUACACAGGUUAAUGGUGAUGAGCAGGGCGAACCACCACAACAGGUAAGUAAUAUCGAUCCACUUUUAGAUAUUCUUGACUUUAGAAACUUUGAAAACGAUCCAGAGGUAUAUUGUCGUUCUGUGGAAUGCACUCCUUGUAUUGACGCGGCCGUGCUUAAUGAAUGUCUCGCACCAUACUUUGCGCCAACUCCACCCUACACCUCAACAGGAGGGACUGAUGUCCAAGGAGAGUGUAAUGACAAAGCUGUGGGUGAUUGCAGCGCUCCUUCUUCUUCAACUCUUUCAGGCAACGUGAGUGCCGGUAUGAUGCAUAUUGACACUGCUACUGCAAAACCAAAGGCAUGGCUAAACUACAGCAAACCUUGGCGACUACCUUCGGGGAUAGGUGACAAGGAAAAACGUGCAAAUGCAGCCGCGGCACGGCGGCAGGAGACCUUAUCCCGCGAUCCUGUUGCUACAGCUUUUGCACAUGGAAGUUCUAAUCUGUUUGAGCAGUUUGAAUCUUCACAGAGAGCUGCUAAGCUGUUGCGAGAUAACUUAGAUGCAAUUCGCUGCGAAGUCAUGGAGGAAAUACUGAAUGGAGGGAAAACUUAUAGCUUUGAUAAGUAUGCAGAAAUGCUAACCAAUGCGUCUAUCAGAACGACUUACAGCAAAUAA